GAAAUAUGGCGAAGUAUGGCCACUUGUGAGAGUUUUGUUUAUCAUUGGAAAUUAUAAUGCGGAGAAACAGUAGACACGGCGAGGUUCCCUUGCCUGACGGAUGGGAGAAAGGUGUAGACUCAGCCGGUAGGACGUAUUUUAUCGACCAUGUAAACAAGAAAACUACAUGGAUAGAUCCUCGCGACAGGUACUAAAAUAUUCUGCCAUAUGUGAAAUGGAAUGCGUAGAAAUAUCGCAAUGAUAUUCCGCGUUUUCUAUGCUUUCCUCUCACGGCAAUACAUUUCAUUGCUUUAAUGUUAACAUGACAUAACGUAUCAUCAGUCUGUGUUGGUAUAGUUGGUUAAAAGUUUGAAAAUAGUUUUGUUUAUGUGGUUGAUUUUAUUAAACACUCAUCUGCUGUUCGAUGUAUUAUCUCUUGGAAAAUAUGUUUAAUUACGAAAAGUUCGUAUAUAGACAUGUACUUGGAAUAAAAGAACACAUAAACUCAGUUACUGUACUUAUAAACAACAUUUUGAAGUUUAAGUUUAGUUCAUAUUUUGUGUUGAAUUGAACUUGUGAGUGAAUUCUACAGGAAGUGUCGUUCAUUGUUAUUUAAAAAUAUUAUUCAGCAGGAAUCUUAGGAAUUAUAUUAUUUGAGAGCUUUAACGUAGGAUGUUUGUUCCUGCUAUAUACCUACAUGGUCUGUAAAUUCAUAUCGUGCUUAGGAAAUGAACCAUUUGAUGGUUUGCCAGUUGCUAAGGAAUAUAAUUUCGAAAAUAAUGGCCUGUAUGCAACUUUAUAUGCGAUUAUAAAGAUAAACGUUCAAUCUUCAUUGAGUAGAAAUCAUACUCAUUCAGACAAGAAUAACAUUCAAGUAAAAGAUAUACAGUAUAACAUAAUCUAGAAUUUACUUGAAGCAAGAUCAGACAUUAUUGUCAGUGUAUAUGACAACAUAAUACAUAUAUACAUGUUUUGAGGAAUGCAGUCUGAACAUAUUGAAUGAAAUAGAAGAUAGGUCUUUAUAUAAACCGGAAUAUUUUGCUGGUAUCAGGUCAAGGUUGAGUAGCCACAUCACAAUUAUGAUGUAAACUUAACCAAACUCUGUUUUCCCCUUUCCUUUUAUUAAGCACACUAUUCUACAUUUCUGAAAGCGUGUUAUUCUAAUGUCAGGAAAUAUUUCCCUGUCUAUAUUAUCAUUGUACAUGCAAGUACAGUAUUUCAGAAAAAUUCAUAACAACACUUUUGAUUUUAUUUAUACGACAGUGUUUUGGUUUUGUUUUGUUUGAAAUUGAAUCUAAAAUACUGCAUAGUGGGUAUAAAGUUAUCCCUCUGCAUUACUGGAAUGCAAUACAUAAUUGUGCUGACACAUGUGUUUUAAAUAUUGCUGGAACUUACUGUAGUAAAAUAUUCCUAAGCUCAGCAAAUUCCAGUAUUCCACCACACAACCCACAUGACAGGACAACACCACACAUUGUGUGGGUUGUAUGGUGUUGCCGUCUGUGUAAAAACUGCAAACAGUAAGAUACCGCGAUACCAUCAACACAUUUUGUGCAUUGAUAUUUGCACUGUUAAAGUAUGCAUGGUACAAAUGCUGCUACCACACUGAUUGUUUUCCAUGAUCCUGAAAUCAAGUUUCAUUAUUAAAUUAGUAUAUAAAUUUGACAGAUGUCAUGAUCUUUAGUUUAAUGCACAUGUUGAAAUAUUUUGUAUUUCUAUGUAUACUGCAUGUCAAUGUAGUUACCAACUUGUACAGCAAGUGAGAAGCUCAAAUAGUUAAGAAAUUGAUAAGGGAUGAUAAAAAGUCAGUAGAGAAAAGAGAAACUAAUUAUGUACAAAAUCACCCAAUCAAAUAUUCAGGUUCAAAAUUCCUCUUCCUUAUUAUAGCUUUCCAUUCUCUGAUGCCACAAAAAUCAAUGACAAAAACACUGAGACUUGCUCAAAUUAGAUUAAACUUUGUUGAAUUUUCAAAUUAACAUUGCUGAUUUAAAGUCUGUAUUUUCAUCGUUACUGGUUAUUUCAUAUUUUCACAAAAUACUUGUACAGACAAAUCAUUUGUAUUCAAUUAGAUACAUUCAGUUUGCUUAUCCUACUUUCAUAGGUUGACAAAGCCCCAGACAUUUGCAGACUGUGUUGCUGAUGGUAAGUAUAAUUUAAAAUGCUUUUCAAUCAAAAUUGUUGAAAUCAAAUAGUUUUGGGUCCAAAUUAUGCAACCAGCUGCUUGAUCUCAGCAGGUUGUUUCGUACACAUGGCUCCUAUUUGGGCUAAAAUUAACCACAAAGUGCUAAAAAUAUUUACGCAUAUAAACACCCCCAAUUCUCUUGCAGACAAAUAUUUUGUUUUAUUACACAUAUUAUGAUAUGAUAUUUGUUAUUUUUGAAGGAAUUUGUGAUAUAUAAACAUGUAUUUAUUUUGCUGUAGAUCAUGAUGGCAUUGUACAGUAUGCCUGAUGUCUGUACAUACAUCUUGUUAUUCUGUGCAGUGUCUGCAUAAUAAACAUAACUGCUUCCCUCUUAAACUGCCUCUAGAAUAUUUUUACUCCCCCUUAUGACUGCAAUUAAUUUAAUACUUUAUCCAAGAGAUUCUUAAGCUGCAUAGAACACACUAGAACUAAAUAUUAUUCAAGUCCUUGAGAAAAGUUUGAAAUAAAUGUUGAACACUUGAAUUGCACUCAAUUAGGUUAAUUGCACAUAAGCAGGAAAGUGUAAAGUACAAACUACUGAUAAUUGAAGUAUUUCCUUAUUAGAUCAAAUAUUCUAUGGUUUCUAUGAUACUUUGUGUACUAUUGAUUGAAUAAAAUAUAUUGGAAAGAUGAUAUGCUGAUGUUUUGAAACAUGACAUACAACAUGCACUUAGCCUUCCUGCUUAUUUGUACAUUUGUUAGCAACAUUGUUUGAGCCAAUAUUUUCAAGAAGUAUGUACAAUUGACUUGCAUUUUGCAUAAUUUAAUUAACAACAUUACCCAUCUUAUAUUAAUACAGGUAAUAUUAAUUAAUUUACUAAUGUAUGAUACUGUAUAUGUAACUUAAACUAAUUUUUACUAAUGUAUGAUACUGUAUAUGUAACUUAAACUCAGCCUGACUUGCUUGUAUCAAAACGGUAAUUGUUUUCAUGACUAUGUUCACAAAUGUGAAAUAAUGCAUGUGAAGGUUUCAUGUAUUAUUAUCACAAAGAGCAAUGAUAAGAGAUUAAUAACUAUAGAUUACUUUUAUAGCAUUAGCUCAUUUACAUGGUGCAUAAAGGUUAUUAAAUUUCAAGGUUGAUUACCUGCAUAUAGAAUUAGAAUAACCGCACCAUGUGGUCCAAAAUUAUGCUUGCCAUCAUUCAGUAAAUAUCCAGUUUUAAAUAAAUAAAGUGAGAAAUGAAUUCAAUUUUUACAGAAUUGCCCUAUGGCUGGGAAGAAAUUAAGGAUCCACAUCAUGGAGGAAGCAUAUACAUUGAUCAUAACACUGGUAAGGAUUGUGAUAUUAGUUUUAAGACAUUGCCAUAUAUGAUGAAUGCAGAUAUCCAAAGUAAAAAGUACAAUAUUGCAUUGACAAUAUAAAGUUAUCUCAAGCAGGAAUUGAAACUGUAUAUUCAAAUUGAAUUCCUCACAAGAACCUAAAGGUAUGUUUACAAGCUGCAAUUUGUUGUUUAUGAUUUGCAUUCUGGCAUAUACUAUCAAAUAGGCAUGCAUGGAGUGGUUUGCCAUUUCAUGUUUCACCAUGAACUAAAUGAAGAGGAAUUGUGUCCUCAGCAGUAAUUUCCAUAUGCCAGAAUACAAAUUAUACAAGACAAAUCACAGCAUGUAAAACUACCAUAACUGGAUUGAUAGCUCAAUUGGUUUGGUCAUAGUUAAUAGAGGACAGGUUUGGUACCAGUCUUAACCUGGUUGACUAUGUUAACAAUUUGCAAACUGCACAAGGAAAGUGCACAGCAACAAGUGAGGUCUGAGUGAAUUUAGAGAAGUAAAACACAACACAGUACUACUGUGUAUAUGUUCUGCAGUAUUUACAUCACUAAAGCCCAGGUCACACUACACAGCAAUAAUGAUACAAUAACUUAUAAACAUGUGCUGAUUGGUCAAAAAAUUUAUCAUUAUCGUCCGACUGGACAAAAUGACUUGGGUGAGUAAUUUUAAAAUGGUUAUUGUUAUUGUAUCAUUGUAGUGUGACCAGACCUUUAAUCACUAUUUCACAUCACUUUUGCUGCACAGUUUGCCAUCCAGGAAUGGCUGACAAGGCCUGGUUGCUUGAUGUGAGAAAGCUAAUUUUAUAGCUUAUAACAAUGUGACAUUUCAUUGCAAGGCCACUCCAACUUGGUUUCUCAUCCAGGCUUUCUUUAUGAAUGUAGGUGGGCAGGAGGUCUGUUAUCAUUAUUGAUUAUUGAGAAUACAAAAAGUAAUACUAUAAUUUUGCUAUCAUGAUAUCAUUUGAACUCAGGGUUUGCCAUUAAUGUAGAAAAUCUUGCAGUAUCCACUACAAUACAAAUUUACAUAAAUAGUCGUUCAUUAGAGAUCCUGUGGACAAAAUCUUAUAAACAACCCACACUGGCAUUUCCAUAUACCUGAGAUCAGGAUUUAAUAUCAAUGAUGGAUGGAACAAGUCAUAAUUUAAAUAUUUUCCUGUAAUCCCAAAAGGCCAAUAUUUUACCAAAAAUUCAAAUAAUGUAAAUAAGAUAUGAAUCAUGAGAUUGAGGAAAUCACGCACCCUCUUCUUGGUAAUCUUGGAGACGAAGGCUGUGGACGGCAACUACAUAUAAAGUCUAUUAUGUGGAAUGGUCAACUAAUAAAAUGAUUCAAUUAUAGUUUAUGUAAAUGACAUGUAUGGUAGAUAAGUAUAAUUACCUUUUAAUUAUUUUGUAAUUCUAUAACUUUUGUUCUGAGACCGGAUUUUUACUUUAAGUAAAAUCGAAAUGUUCAUGUAAUAUCUUUAAGAAUGUUAAUUCUUUAUCCUCAAUAGCCUCAGUGGCUAAGGAGAUUAACAUACCAAUUGUCUAAUCUGUCAAUAACAAGCAGAGAUUACACCUAAGUCACUAAAUACCUCGUUCCCAGGCUUGUUGUUGUUGUGGAAUUGGCAUGUUGCUUUGUUUGCUGCUGUUAUGCAUGUCAUAAUAAAUUUUAAUAAAUUAUAAUAAAUGAAUAAGCAUAAACUAAGGUACGGUAUGUAUGUUAAUCACUUGUUUUUGAGUGAUCUCAUGCCAAUAUGCCUACACGUUUCGUGACCUCAAGCCUGAGAUCUCCAACAUGCAGUACAUGGAAUGCAGUCUGGCUAGAGCUGCUCCUGAUUGAUGAACUAAUCAAUUUUUUUUGUGAUUUUUGACAAUCGAUUAUUCUUAACGAUAAUCGAAUCAACAGAACAGCCGUGCAUAGCAUGAUACUUGGAUAACUUUCUUUUCCAAUUGAGAAAAAUCACCUACCAAAUCUACUACUACUAGCGCUCCCAUUGGCUGUCAUAUAAAAACUUUAACACAUGCCCUCCUUCCUGGAAGCGACAUUAACCACUGUGAAUGUGUCUAUAUUUAUUCAAUACGAUUAAUCGAUUGUUCAUGACAAUCGGUUACGCUAAUGGAAGCAGUUCUGGCUCAAUGCGGGUCUGGUAGUUACAAUGUUAUUGAAAAUUGUUUCCAGAAAAUAUGCAGAUGGAAGAUCCAAGAAAACAGUGGCAGAUAGAGCAGGAGAAAAUGUUGAAAGAUUACCUGAUGGUUUCACAACAUAAUCUUCAAGUAUGUACUUUUACUUCAAAUAUUAUUCCUCAUGUCGUUGUCUAGUUUCUGUGACGUGUAUCAGAUUAUCCGUGCCUGAUAAUACUUGUCUGAUAACUGCAGUGUUUUUUAUAUUCCUUAAACUCAACUGUACAUUUUACUGUAUUGGUAUAAUAUACUGUACUCCAUUGGUUUAUAUUCUGCUCUACUGGAGUCGCUUGUACAAAUAUCCACCGAAUAGGCGAAUAGGGAUUGAUAAAAAAGGUUGCAAAAAUCCCUGUCAGGUGGAUAGCACUUUCCAGCCUUCGUAUAACCGGUCCCUAUAGUUUAUUUUUAUGCUAUUGUAAUUGUCUUUGUAUUGUACUGCAUUUUGUGUUUUGUACACUCUUUGUGUUAUGCAUGCUGUAGCUUUUGUGUUUUGCUAUUUGGUAAUUUUUUCUGUUCGACUUUUCGUUUUCAACAAAGCCUAUAGAGAAGGAAGGGUUUGUUAUGAAACAUUCUAAUCAGUAAUUUAGUAAUCAUGUUGCUUUUAUACCUAUAGGCUAAACAAGAUGUGUUAAAUAUGAAACAAAAACGACUUCAUUUGGCUGAAGAAGAGGUAGACUAAUUAUUCCAGACAUUUACUCUCAGUGGCGGACACUUCGCGAAAUAGGGGGGGGGGGGGCGAAUUAGGUUGCCAACAUAUGACCACCUUUCAGUAGGUGGAAUUCUUAAUUUUCAAAACUUUUUUGCCUUAAGAUUCAUGCAAUAGUUAGCUUAAUUUUUAGCCUAAUAAUGCGUUCAUGGUUGAAAAAUUAUUGUUACAGCUUGGUUACACAGUUAUUCAGCUAUCACUCAAAGGCUUUCAGAAAUCAUUGGAGGGGUUCGGUAGGUUCCCCCCAGAAAGUAUUGGAGGGGGCGGGAGGUUGUCGCGACCCCCUCACGAGUCCUCCCUAGUGUCCGCCACUGUUUACUCUCUCUAUAGAGAGUAAUAUUGAAAUUCACUCUUGUCACUGUUUUCUUUUAGUAUACGUAUUUGAUGACCAAACUGGCAGGCAAGAAUGGCCAACAUGUUCGUGGCAAUUCACCAGCUGUACCUGUAAAACCAAUCACAACUGAGCGCACAGUUGUUACAAAUAUGUGUGCUGCUGAAGACAGAAGUGAUUGUGGUCAGGAUGAACUGAGUGAACAGAUUGCAAACUCACGAUUUAGAGUAAGUGACUCUAAGGCUACAUACAUCCACACUAAUCCGUAUCGUUUUCGUAUCGUUCUCCGUUCACAAGGGAGCAAAGAGUAAUGGUUUAAUUACCUCAUAGGACAACGCUACGAGAACGGCCGGACUAGUGUGGACGUAGCCUAAAAACUGCUCCAUACUCAUGUAAUAGUCGCGAGUAUAAAGUAUGAUAGGCAGGCAGAAAAUUCUACUUGACCACGACUGGGGAUUGAACCCGCGACCUUUAGAAAUUCCGAAAUGUCAUUAAACAGCAUCGUCCCUAACUCAGAGUGAGACGGUAGAGCAAUAAGAGCAUUGCUCUAGAAAAUGCGAUGGUAGCCGGUUUGAUUCCCUGCCGUGGUCAAGGGUACAUAUUAUGACCAUGAUACAGUAUAUAGGCUACUUUUACAGGAAACUACAUGUAUAUCAAUUCGAUUGCAGGUUUGUGGCAGUGUAGGUAGUUCAAUAAUAACAAACGUCGGUUGAUAGGAAUGCAACUACCUGGAAAAUACAAGGAGAAAUACAACGUUUCGAGCGACGGCUCUUCGUUGGGAAGUAAGUUACUUCCCGCGACGAAGGGGCUUAGCUAGUCGAAACGUCGAAGUUCUCUUUGUAUUUUUCAGGUAGUUGCAUCCCUAUCAAUGAUGUAUACUAUCAACAUAUGGUGCUGUAGUUUGUUCGAUAUCCGCAAUUUCAUUAUUUUGAUAGUUCACUUUCAUGCUCUUAAGGUUGCGAGGCUGAAAGAGGAUAUAGCCAACGUUCACGAGGAGAUUAUAUAUCAACAAUCUGGUGUUAAGAGGUUGGAAAAGUUUGAUGAAAUACUAAGAACGGAAAAUAGUAAUCUUGAAGCACAAAUUGGUCGCGUGAAUGAGUUGAAAAAUAUUGAACAAAGUGUAGACAGUGAAGAAAAACAACGUCAGAAACUUAUCCAAGAUCUCAUUGUACUGAAAAAGAAAUUUUUAUUUCAGUCUGGCAGCGAGGAGUCUGGGUCAGAAAAGGUUUGUUUAUAGUAUUUAUUUUGCAUGCAUAAAGUUUACAAUGUCAAGGCCAUGUUUCACGUUUCAACCGAUUCCUGUAGCAAUUCAAUCUCAGACACAGAUCGAGUGUGUGAGUUUAAGACACAGCAUGACCAUGAAAAGAACAAAAGAGAAGGAAAAGUAUACGAGUGAAAAGGAGGCCAUGCUAGUUCCGCAAGUUCUUCUCUGUAUAGCAUGUACAGUGUCCCUGAUCCGAGCAGCGUUACGUGUUUCUCUGGGUGUCCUGGUUAAACGCAUGCUAGACUCGCUAUACAGUAUACAGCUAUUUCAAUUGUCCACGAGCAAAGCGGAAAAGUCGAAUACGAGCGCGCGAAAGGCUGCUGGGAAUCGCUAUCAAAUUAAUGAAUUUUCAAAGCAGUUCCCAGCAGCCUUUCGCGCUCGUAUUCGACUUUUCCGCUUUGCUCGUGGACAACCUUAAUUGAAAUAGCUGUAUACUACGAGGCCAUAUAUCACAUAUACCCUCAAAUAACCCCAAAUAAAAAAUAAAAUAACAGGUCUAAUUUUACUAGAAAAACGAGCUUAACCCAAAUAUUGUUAUUUUUCUGAUCUUCUAAUUACAAAUCUGCAUUGCGGCAAUUGCGCAUUAUACAAUUAAUGAUGUCUUGUUUUGACUUUGGAACAAGUUUAUGUAACGGUCAAAACGUUUUCUGAAAAAAAUUUUUUUGUGAAAGUAUAAGCUACAUUUCUACAACUCUGUAUUUUUAACUUUACUUUUUGUCCAUGCUUUUCAAAAUCCUAUUUCAAAAUGUGUGAGAGGUCUAGAAUUCCUCAGUUCUCAUGCGGAUUGUGCGAUUAUGGUUUUUGUUUCACUAUGUCAUUACGUAAAAAUUCUGUUUGUAUUCACGUUGCCAAUUCAAGAGUUCGGUGACACCAUGAAUAUAAAAAAUUUAAAGAUUGGAGAAUUUUGGGAUUUUUCAAAGCUACCAUGCCGUGAGAAAAGAGGUUCACUCAGGGGGCUAGCUUGGUCUGUCACCUUUAAACCUGAUCCCAAAAUAUUUCACAUUUGGAGAAAGAUUUUACUGUAUAUUUAGAGUUUGGCAUGACUCAUGAGGCAAAUUGUGUAUAUGAUCGUUAAAUGUUAAAGACGUAUUAAGUCGUUAAAGAAAAUAAUUAUUGAAUGUGACUAUGAUAAUUAGUUGGGUUUUAAUGGAAAAGAAUUCAGGCAAUUUUUAUGACACUGUAAUCGUAUACUUUGAUUUAAAUUAAUAUUUCCUGACUGGAAUUUUCAGUUUCGAAAGUCCGUCGAAAAUAGCGUACAAGAAUGCGGACAAAACGUGGCGCAUAUUCCGAUAACUCAAUUCGGAAGAAUGGUGACGAAAUUCGAGUCCAGUCGACGCGUUUUUUUUUCCUGCGGCUGUGGGUGAAGUUAUUUAUGGAAUGCGAGUAAAUAUACUUGAAAUUGAGACACGUUCAAGGGGGGUACGAUUUCACUAAAAGACUGUUUGUCUUUUAAUAGCAGCAAUAAUAGUAUUCAAAACAUUUUUCAGAAUUUUUUGUAAGCCUAUAUGUUUCCUGUUAUAGAGAUUAAGAGUUAUUUCUUGGUUGUUCACUGUAGGGAAGUUUGUCUAAAUUGAGUAGUGAGUGUGGUGGAUCGGAUAUAUCAUUAUCUCGCUCAUAUUCUGACCUCAGUCGACGUCAGGUGGAGGUAGAAUACGAACAAACCUUGGCAAAAAUCACUCAACUGCAAAAUGAACUUGAUAAUAUCGAACAAAAGUUAAUGAGUGUGAAUACGCAAGAUUACGUUCUUCUCAUAAACGAAAGAGAAGAGCUUCUGCAACAGUUAAAAAGAUCAUCGAGUAUUGAACUGGACUUACAGAGAAAGGUAUGUAAUACUAUGUAUAUAAUCGUGAAUGGUCUGGGCCAGUGUAUAUAGAUAUAGUGCCAAGAAUAAGAGAGCUUCGCAUUGAUAGGGAUACAGCUACCUGACAAAUGCAGAGAGAACUUCAAAAUUUCACACUCGAAGUUCUUCUUGUAUUUUCAGGUAGUUCUAUAGUUCUUUUCUACCAAUCCGAAGCUUUCUUAAUAAUAUAUGUAUACAUGAUAUCGCGCUGUGAUGCAUGCCGCUGUAUUGGAACAUUGGUAUGUAUUUGUCAUUCCGUAGAGUUAGAAAGGGUGUUUAGUUCCAAUGUAGGAUGAGAAAUAUUCACGAGCUUGCUUGAAGGAUCUAAUUCAGGAUAUACUAUAUUUAUAUAUAAACUACUUCGAUGUUUCCAGAGAAGGCUCUUCGUCUUCGAAGUUAGGGCGCUUUCCAUUAACUCGGCCAGACCGGUCAAAUUGUUGUUGAAUGGAACACCAAACGUUUGGGCUUCGGACCGAUCGGACUGGAAAAUUUUGAUGAAAUUAGAAGGAGGACCAUUAAUACAUAUCCUAGAUAUUUGAGAAACUUUAGGCCAGAUCUGGCCAUUAAAUGGAAAGCGCCCUUAGAGAGACAAGUCGAAGGCACAAGCGAAGAGCCUUCGGGUUCGUGUGGAUGUUAGACGAAGAGCUCGAUCCUCUACCAACCUUGUGAGAAAAUAUAGAAAGCGUGCCGUUGACCAUUUCUACGGUAGUUCUGGCAUUUGUAAUUUAAUGAUAUGAACGAUAUGAUAGGAUUAAACGAUAUGACUCAGCAAGAGAUGCAGUAAAUCAUCCUUGGUACUUACUAAUAUUGAAAUGCUGGCAGAUUAAUUAAAAUUUCGUGGUGAGAAAAAGGAUGCAAUCAGUGUUUUAUUUCAGCAUGAUUCCUGUAUCAUUGCCAGUGACAUUCUAUAUCCGAUAAACUUGUAAAGAAUUAAUGAUCAUUUGCCGAAAACUAUAAAAUGCUUGAAUAACUCAAUAACUGCGUAAUAGCCAGGCAUACCAAAGAAAUUAAAACUGUACAUAUGUUCAUUAACCUUGUUCUCUAAUUGUAUAAGCCUAAAUGAAUAUACAUUGCCUUUUCCUUGUAUAUAAUAUCCAGGUAAGCAAUAUAUGGAUAUUUUUACAUAUGUUUUUUUUAAAUAUUACUUGUGAUGUAUAACCUUUUUCAGUUAAAACAACUUCUUCCUUCUUAACAAAACCUUUUUGAAGUUUUGGAAUAUUUUAUGCGUUCAAACGUUCUCAACAAUGUUGGUCCAUUAUCAUGCAACAAUGUUGAAAUAUUUGUGUAACUGCUUAUUUUUUGUAUCUUUAAAUCUAAUAAUAUUGAUAAAAUCAUAGGAUCAGUUAUCUAAAUUGAAUACAUAUGUUUUAAAAUAUUUGUGAAAAAACCCAGUUAAUUAAUAAUUGAAAAUUGUUGGCUACUGUUGGGCAAACAUUGUUGUGUCCGUUUGAGCGGAAGCCUUUAAAAAUCGGAAACCUAACUGAAAAAUUAAGCGUAAAAUGAAACUGAUACAGUGUAUGCUGGAUUCAGUGUAUACUGUAUCGGCAAAUCGAAAAUGUGGAAUGUAAAAUAUUAUAAUAAAUGAUAAUUUAUAGAUACAAUUCGUGUUAAUUAGGAAAUGUUUUUCAUAUUUUGUCUAAAGAAUAAACAUUUCAUGGUGUGUUGACAAGUUGUUGUUUCAGCUCAAGUCGUUUAUAGUUGUUUAUCAUUUCACAAAUGAGUGUUUGGUUUUUCUGGUGCAUUUCACGAGUCAAAUUGCGUCAAAAGCGACAUAAACAUAGCUUAUGGAAUUUCCGCUAUGCGCGAGAACUUGGCAUUGCUUUCUUUUGAUUGCUAGGCAACGCAGUUCUUAAUCACCAUGAAUGUUAUGAAUUUAUAAAGCUGUUAUUACCUCCUGGCAAUAUCUGUCCACAUCAGGACAAAAGUCUCUUACCGUUUACAACAUGCGCAGUAACUAUUAAAACAAGUUGAGAUGUUUAUUUAUGUAAAUGUAAUUAUAUUGUAGUAUCCCUAAUAUUGUAAUGUGGCAUAGACACAACUGAUUGCAGUUCUUUCUAUAGUAAUAUUCACAAUGUGGCCACAAUAUACUGGUUUAUCUUCCAAUACAUCUGUCAUUGCAAAUUAAUGAAUUGAUACGUGACUUGUACAGUCCAAAAGCUACGUCAAAAUUAUUGUACCAUGAAAACCUCAAGUCUUCAGUGAGAACUCAGUAAAAGACUAUUAUAGUUCAAGAACUUGUAGUAUACAGUAUAUAGACAAUAAACGAAAACCUGUUUUAGACUGAUAUAAUAAGAUUCACUAUUGACUCAUUAUUGUACGCUAUAGCAAAUUUGGCGGAAACUACGAGUUGCCCAUUUCCGUAGGCGUAGUAGAUUUUGUUUUCAAGUAUUCACUAUUCACGUCAGUAUUCACCAAAUUCCAACGUCAUAAUAAGUUUUGCUCUUUUUGAUAUAGAUGUAUUUGGACGUAGAAAUGGCAAAGAUAUCUGAAGAAUUAGAACUGGCCAAGAUGGAUUAUGAAACAGUUGUCAGGGAGAGAUAUCUGUUAGAAGAUCAUAAGAAUUCAUUGGUUAAACGUCUGGCAGAAGACAUGAAAAGAAGUAAAUUAUUGACUGCUCAUUUACGAAAGUAAGUAGUUGAACUUGUAUAUCUUCAUGGUGACCAAAAUCAACCAAUACUAAAUAAAUGUCAGUGCCAUGCCAAAACACAAUGAAGAGUGCUAAAUACCAUGGAGGGGUGUUGGUAAUAGAGAAGAUACAUCUACGAUUUCUUGGAAUUUUUUUCCAAAUGAAUGGACCCUAUAGUAUAGAAAUCCAUUUUCGUUCUGAUCUGAUACCGUGUUAAUAUGGAUACCGGAUUUUCGCUCUCGUGAUUAGAGUAUUAUUUUCAUUGUAUGGAAUCUCAUUGCAUGAAAUAUGCACGGGAUGCAUUUUGUAUGAAACGGUCCACAAAAUUUGGCCAUGAUUGUGUUUCACUGAACUCUUAGAAAAGCUUUUUCUCUCCGUAUUUAGUCUCUUCUUAACAACUAUCUCCUUCAUAUUUAGCAUGUCUGGCAGUGUUCAUUCAGUGUCCUCAUGUAACAGUUCAAGUCGAGGCUCGUUAAAUUCCAGUCGUGGAGCUCAAAGUCGCGAGUCUUUAUCAUCAAGUCGAGGCUCUAUGUCAUCUGUCAGUCAGAAUGACAGCAGAACUGGACAACAUGGACCUAACUUUCGAGAGUUACAUCAACGUGUUAGUGAUAUACUCCAGGAAAUAUCGUCUACAUCAACUCAAUCAUCACAAACCACAACUCCACAAGCAGCAAGUUCUCAAAGAUCGUCCUCUUCUAAAGACUCUCUAUCAAUGUCAUCCGUAUCACCCCCGAACUCACCAGGAUCAUAUAACCCCUCCCCCAGGAAUUCAGACUUAGCUCUAAAUACUUCCAGAGUGCAUAGCGAGUUAACUCCGUCUUACACUGACAAUAUCAUGAAUGAACGAACCCCAGCAAAUCCUGAUGCACUAACUUUACAAUUAAAUCGUUUUCGUUUUGGGAAUGAUGUCACUACUGCAUUGUCACCAAUAACUGAAGGUAUUCCAUCGAAAAGUCACACUGCCAAUAAAGGAGUGUCCGCUGCAGUUUCAGAUGAAAGUGUUGCUGCAGAUAGUGGCGUGUUUGUAUCUUCCAUGGAAAACUUACGACGUCAGAACAGUAUGAGAUCAAGUGGACAAUGUAGUGAUGAUGAUGGAAUAGAGGCACCACAAAUAAAGAUUGGUUUAGGUUAUGUAGAAGAGAAAGAACAAUUAUUAGUUUGUAUUGAUGAAGCAUGUAGUUUACGUUUACUUGGUUGUUAUGAUGGAUGUGGUGUACGAGCUAGAGUAUGUGUAUUACCCUCUGCUGGUGAUGAUUCUGUAUAUACAACUACUGUGUGUAAAGAUCUACGUCGACCCAUAUUCAGCGAACAGUUUUUUGUUUCUCUACCAAAGGUAACUUUAUUUUAGUACAUGUUUAAUCCGAAUAAACCACCCGCUAAAAAUAUCCCUGGAGCAUAGCAGCAAAUAAUAUUUUUGUUUUUGGGAUCCUAAAUUUUGGGGUCAAAGCUUUCUGCCAUAUUAUGUAAUAUUCUUGCUAAUAAAUUAUUUUCUGUGCCUGUUGGCAUUAUGCAAUGCCCUAAAAUGUUCUUCCAGCUAAGCCAGAUCUGAAAAUUUCUGGGAUCCUAGAUGCCAGGAUCCACCAUUAUUUCCUGCUAUGCCAUGCAAGAAAGAAGUAUAAAUGCGGGGUUGCAUAUUUUCUAAAAGUAAAAUGUAAUCUUGUUGUGUUCAGGUGACGCUGUCAUGCAGGUCAUUACGAGUUGACGUUUGGUUAAUUGACGAGAAGAGAAAUGAGUCGAUCUUGGUGAGUUGUAAAAUUACCGCAUACCAUUUAACGUGUAAUGUUCGCACAAAUCUAAUUCUUGUAUUGUAUUAAUUUUCAGGGAGGUUGUCAGAUAGGUUUAGAAGAUUUCAAUAUCUAUUCACCUGUAACCUUCAGAUGGUUUAAUCUCCUUAGUUCAACUGUAAGUAAUUGCAAACGUUUUGUUUUUGUGUUUUUGAUUGGGGAAUUUCAAACCAUGUCAAACGGCACCAAUAUUAAACAAUUAUAAAACGUAUCAAUGUUUUGUUUCUUGUCUUCAGUAUUUCUUAACCGCAAUGGCGAAACAACACGGCUAUAUUCCUCCAAGUACGGCGUACGAAAACUUAAGAUCCAGACCGAAAUCAUGGGUAUGUCACAUUGUGUGUGUCUUUAUGGUCUUGCACGGCUUGGGAUUUCAUGACACUUUUCUAAAUGUUUGACUUGUGGUGUAAUCUUUUUCAAGGGCGGAGAUGUUUUGAAUGCAGCGAUUUCAAGUGGUAAAAUGUUUUGUGAAGGUUCAUUAAGUCAGGAGGAUGGUCUUAACAAAUCAUGUGCUGCUACAACGUUCAGUCACGUUAAACAACAGUCACGCAUGCGUAGUAACGAUUCUCUGAGCAGUGUACAAAGUCAAGAAAGCGGAGUAGAGAAAGACAGUAGAUCACAGAGUUCUAGCUCUUUGUUGGAGAAAAUGUCUCAAGCAAUAGCAAAAAGGAAGAAUUCAGAUCCGAAAGCUGAAGUUGAUGGCAUUAAGGUGAGUGGUUCUUUUCAAGCAUUUUAUUGAUAUACAUAUGUCAAGUUCUGUUGUAACGUUUUGUAAAUUUUUUUACAAACAUGGGAAUUUCGGUUUGCGGAGAUUUUUCGAACCUGCGUUGGAAUGGCUCGAAACUAUUACAAAAGUGUAGAAAAGCCGAUUAAAGUUAAAGCCGAGAUUACGCUUCAAAAACGUAAAAAUUCACUGUGUUGCUUGCGCGGGUGGAUAAAUAAUUUUCUCCGAAAGAUUGCCCUAUUGCACAAGGUUGCAUGUACUGUACUAGCAGGGAACCCAGCCCCUUUUGUUUUCAUUGUUUCGUGUUACUGUUGUCUGUCAUAAUAAUCACAGAAAUGAAUAAAAUGUUUUGGAUCCAACUGAUCAGAUGUUUUUGUUUACCUAGUGUGAAGAAGGUCCAAUCCCAUGGAAUCCAACCAUGACAGAAUUUCAAAGACGUCAAAUCACUGUCAGUCGCAGUAACUCUGAUUGCACAGCAAAACGAAUGGCAGGAAACUCAACGAACCAUUUCAUUCGGCAAUAUGUUGAUAGGACCAGCUUCAGACGAAAGUCGGUAAGUGUUUAUACAAGUCCGUUUAAAAACCCAGAAAACAGAAAUUAAUAAAAAGAUUAAAAAAAGUAAAAGGUCUUGGCAAAAGGUCGUAUUUUUUUAAUAGAUAAUAUGUUUACAGUGUAAAACUGUAUCAUGAUUAAUAAUCUUGGUAGUCUUACAACAGCUUCAAAUCUUCCCCGUUCGUCUUUUAAUACUUUUCUCUCUUAAAUAUUUAAAUAUUUAAAAUAUUUCUCUACCACAGCGACCUGUAUCAUGGCAACCACCGCCAUCUUGGAUACAAGGUAGCUCAGUCCCAAGUCAACAGUUACCUCCUCAAGGCAACGAUUAUCUUGGUGGCAGUAGGACAUCUUUGGAUGUUGAACUUGAACUAGAGGCAUCGAAAGCUAAACAGGUAAGGUUGGUUAAAGCCUGGAUAUUUAUAUAGCGAGUAAAUCCAAACAACGGAAGAACAUAGUUCAGAGAACAAUGAGCGACAGUGGAGAGAGUGGGAGCAACACUGUGUGCCUCUCAAAGACACCACAAAAGCUGCUGAAAAUAUUCUAGAGCAAUUUUGAAAGCGGCUUUGGGACAAGCUACCAUUAUAAUUUGUUGUUGUUACCAUUAUAACUUGUUGUUGUUGUUGUUGUUGUUGUUGUUGUUGUUGUUACCAUUAUAACUUGUUAAUUGUCACCAUUAUAACUUGUUGUUGUUACCAUUAGUAACUUGUUGUUUUUACCAUUAUAACUUGAUGUUGUCACCAUUAAUAACUUGUUGUCACCAUUAUAACUUGUUGUUGUUACCAUUAUAUAACUUGUUGUUGUUACCAUUAAUAACUUGAUGUUGUUACCAUUAUAAUUUGUUGUUGUUACCAUUAUAACUUCUUGUUGUUACCAUUAAUAACUUGUUGUUGUUACUAUUAUAAUUUGUUGUUGUUACCAUUAAUAACUUGUUAUUCUUGUAAAUGCUUCUAAUUAGUUACAGCUAUUCCAACAUUUCUACUUUCGAGUAAUUUCAACCGUUACUCGCGAAAAAAACGUAUAGAAGACUCAUUCGGUAAUUAAUAUGACAUGUUUUUCUGAUGAGUUAUUUUAUUUGUAGAUCCAAUUAGGCAAGGAAAAUGCUCGUUUACAAGAGAUGAAAAGAAUAAUGGAAGAAGCACAAUCAAAAGGUUCAACAGAAUUACCCGCUUUGCUUGAAAACAGAGAUUUUAAACGAUUUUUAAAAGAAGCUGAAAAGGUACAUGAUUGUAUUAUACAUGAUGGUCACACCUAAUCUUUCAGGAAGGACAUGGAUUCAUAUAAUCAUGCUUAGAAUAGUAUAACAGCGAU